CAUAAAACUCACACCACCAAAACAGAGAGAGAGAAAAAGCCAAUGGAACCACAGCUACCAACAUUUGCUCUCUCAUUCCUCAUCUUCAACCUCCUCCUCACCACCACUACCCAAAGCCCUUCCUGCCAACCCACCUGCGGCUCCCUUCACCUGAGCUACCCUUUCGGCUCCGGCCCCGGUUGCGGCUCCCCAACUUUCCAACCAUACACAACCUGCACAACCACCGCCAACCAGCUCCUUCUGACCACCCACACCGGAUCAUACCCGAUCACCUCCAUCUCCUACUCCACCAACACCAUAACCCUAACGCCACCCUCCAUGUCCACCUGCACCUCCAUGCAACCCACCUCCACCAACCUGGGCUUUGACUGGGCCAGCCCGUUCCAGCUCGGCCCAUCAACUUUCAUCCUCCUCUCCUGCCAACCUCCGACCUCCUCUCUCACCCUCAAAGAUUCCUCCACCCCACUCUGCGACCCUUCCUACUCUCAUCUCUGCGCUGCCAUCUAUACGUGUCCCUCCGUCACCGGAAUCAACCUCCCUCUCUUCCCUCCCACGAACACUUGCUGCGUCUACUCCCCCGGAAACCUAGACGCCACGGGUGAGCUAGACCUCCGGGGGCUCAAGUGUAAGGGAUACACCUCCGUCGUGUCGCUCGGGGAUUAUCCGACGGACCCGAGCAAGUGGGAGUAUGGAGUGGCGCUGAAUUACAACCACGGAGGCGGUUUGGAUGGUGGCAUUGUGGAGACGAAGUGCAAGAGUUGUGAAAUGAGUGGUGGUGUUUGUGGUUAUGCUACUUCUGAUAAUACGUUUCUUUGUGUUUGUAACGAUGGCCGCUACAACACCACUUCGGAUUGUUCUUACAAUAAUUACAGUGGUGUUCAACAAGGUGACAUUUGGAGUUCGGAAUCUGGCUCUGAUUUACCAGCUUCUCCGGCUUGGAAAAUUUGGUUGGGGCUCAUGGUGCUGGCUGAACUGGCCAUUUUAACAGCUUGACGAAGAUGGCUUUUGUUGAGAAUCGGAUAAGAAUUGCGCUUGUUUUGACGUUUGUAAGCUGUACUGUAGUAGGACUUUGAAGGACUUCAAAGUAGUGAACUUGUUUUCGUAGGAAACAGCAGGGCAAGUGAUGAGUAAUGAUAAAAUAGUCAAAUGGAAAUAUAGAGAAGAGGAAUAAAGAUGAGCAAGAGCACCAGCCACCAGCAUUUUAUGCACAAAUAGAUGUGACGGCCUCCACUUGAAGAUUGCACCAAGUUGGGUGGUUUAAGUUCAUUGAAUUUGCUUUGUACCAAAUUUUAGGAAUCACCCCAAUUCAAUUUUAGCUUGGAAUUUCCAGAGAGCAAUAUUGGUUUUUCACUGUUAUCAGUUGCAACUGCUCAGUUGUGAUGAUCAAUCGGAUCAGAACUCAAAUCUUCUGCGUU